GGUGCCAUGCGCGCUCCCGAUUUCUGCUGUGCACAGACAGCCGGUGCGGCUAGAGAGAGAGCGAGAGAGAGAGGGGGAGAGAGAGAGAGAGAGCUGCUGUUAAUAGUGACAGAACACGGCAGCGAGCACAUACGGUCUGGGGAGCAAUUGAUGCGACAAGAUGCUGAGCGUCGCCUUGCUGUGUGUGUGCGCCGUCGCCUUCGGAAGCGUCUCCGCUCGCGCCGACGGCGGCAAUUUUUUGGAUGAUAAGUGGCUCGCUGGGAGAUGGGAUAAAUUCAGAGAUGAAGUGGAGGAGCCUGGAACGUGGACUCCAUCCAAGCCCUUUGAUCAAGGUCUCGAUCCAUCCAAAGACCCCUGUCUGAAGAUCAAAUGUGGUCGUCACAAGGUGUGUGUGGCUGAGGAUUACAAGACUGCCUCUUGUGUCAGCCAGAGGAGAGUUAGUUUUAAAGAUGCCGGUUUGUACCAGAGUCCGGGAUCAAAGUGCAAACCCUGCCCCGUGGUCCACCCAUCUCCUGUCUGUGGAACUGAUGGCCACACCUACUCCACCAAGUGUAAAUUAGACUACCAGGCAUGCAUCACAGGAAAGAAGAUUGCUGUGAAGUGUUCUGGCAUGUGUCCUUGUCCCUCCCAGCCUGAACAGAGCUCUGCAGAGAAGAAAGUGUGCAGUGAGUCGGACCUGAAGGAGGUGGUGAGUCGUCUGAGAGACUGGUUCAGAGUGCUUCAUGAGAAUGGAAACCACAAGAGAGUCAAGAUCCAGAAGCCAGAGAAGAACAAGUUUGAGGUUGGGGCAUCACCUAUUUGCAAGGAUCCUCUGGGCUGGAUGUUCUCUCGGCUGGACACAAACUUUGACCUCCAGCUGGACCAGUCAGAGAUCAAGAGCCUCUAUCUGGACAGAAACGAGCCCUGCUCCGAUGCGUUCUUCAGAUCUUGCGACACGCAUGCAGACAAAGUUAUAACCAGCUCUGAGUGGUGCACAUGCUUCCAGAGGUACACAGAUUCCCCUUGUAAAGCAGAGCUGUCCAGUAUCAACAAAAAGCAAGCGGGAAAGAAACUGCUCGGUCAGUAUCUGCCAUCCUGCGAUGAGGAGGGCUACUACAGGUCCCACCAAUGUCACAGCAGCAGUGGCCAGUGCUGGUGUGUGGAUCGCUUUGGCAAUGAGGUGUCCGGCUCACGCACCCAUGGCCCAGCAAACUGUGGUGUGAUUUUGGAGUCUUCAGGAGACCUCGGCAGCGGAGACUCACUGUUCACCGACGACGAUGAAGAUUCCUUUGUCCUUGACGACCAGGCUGAGAUGGAUGAUGAGGACGACGAAGAUGAGGAUGAUGACGACAUCAACGACGAAUAUGUGUCGUAAUUUUGAAAAAGAAAACAAAAAAAAGAAAAAAAGAGAAAACUGUUUGUUUGGUCAAACUGCACGUUUCUAGGUGACUCCCCAGGCAGAUACUUAAUCGUACUAACAGCCUAUGGACUACUCUCUGUGUAUUGUUUGUUCAUUAGUAAGAAAAAAAAAAAACAAUAUUCCUGGCAAACGUUUAUGAUUUCUCUUCCUCUCUAAGUAUAAAAUAUGAUUGGUUAAUGGCACUUGUUCACUUGUUUGUCAGCCAACCAGAGAAUAUGACAAGGACUAAUCAUCAACCAAUCCAAAGCUUUGGAUUUGGUCAUGUGUGCAAAGACCUCUCCCUUCAUUGGACAGUCUAUGUCUUUUAGUGUGUCCUGUCUUUGUGCAGCACUCUGAUGCCUGAGUGUGUUGAUGCCUGAGGCACAAUGUUAAAGAGAUUCCCCCCUUUCUCACUCUUUCCUCGCCCGCCCCAACACCCUUUUAUUCCUUAUCAAACGUUCCUGUGUAUAGGUGGGAUGUCGAUGAUGUAGAUAAGAGAAUAUUGCACUCUUUAGGUUUCUUUUGAUCUUGAUUUGUAACUGUGACUGUAACUGUGGAAAAACAAGAUAAGAGUUAGACAUGCUUCAUUGGGAGAAUUAAGGAAAAAUAAACAGUGAGAGUUGGAUAACAAUCAGAAGCGACAUGCUAGCUGUUUUCAUGGAGACACAAAUCAAGUCAAAUCAUCUCAAAGGCUCAGCAACAAGGAAAGACAAAUUACUGCUUGACCGGUGGUGUUAACGGGGAAAGUAUUAUUUUUAUCUAUUUUUCUAAUCCAUUGUUGGUUGAAUACAGGAGAUGAAACAGAUUUGGCGUAGCAUGUCUAAUACCAAUGUUGUUUCAGUCUGUAGAACCAGAGGCUAAACCUUUAUGGAACUCAAAAUAUAUAUAAUAACAGAGCUUCAGGAAGAAAAUCCCCUCAAGUGUGUACAGAUGAAACUGCACUUUGCAUCCUUAUAAACUUCUUGAGCCACAAGUCGUCUGUGUGAUAAAAAGUGUUUACUUACCCUUAAUACGUCAGUGAGCUCAAAGAACACCUCAUCGCAGCUCACAUCCCGGCAUCAACUCAUGGAGUUUGAUGUUUUCAAUUUUCAGAUAUGAGUUUUGGACUUGAAAGUGAUUUGAGCACAUGGUGUAACAGAGGAAAUAUCUUGCACAGUAAUAAAACUGCAGAGCCAUGCAGACCUGUUGAAAAUGUCUGGCAGGGGAUAAAGGGUAAGGUGUGCCUUUUGCUGGUGAGGACAGAUGGUGGGAGUAGUGGGAGAAGCAUGCAUACUGGACUUAAGCUCAUCCUCACACUGCAUAAGAGUUACUGUCUAGCUACAGAUACUAUUCGGGUUUUUGUAUGGCUUUGGUCUUGGGUCUCUCUUAUGAUGGUGUUAAAUAGGCCAUAUUUCAGAUCUUCUAAUUUGUCAUAUAGGAUAGCUAGAAUGUAGAGAAGCACAGAUAUGCUUAACAGCUAAGGCAUAAAACCACUUAGAUUCUGCUGGAUUUGAAAAAAAAAAGGUUUAUAUAUUAGUACACUGGCUAGUGGACGCUUUGGUUUAGACAGCUUUAUAAGGUAUAAUUGAAAAAAAGAUUAUCAUCUCAGUAUUUUGCUUUUAGUUUAUUUCAAAUGCUUGAUUUGUACCUUAUGUGCUCUAAGUACUUGUAGUGUGUAUCUGUCAGAGUUGAUAGCUGAAACUGAUCCCAGAUUUGUGUUUUCUUCAUGCAGACCUGGGAUUUGCUGAGCUCCUAUUUUCAUUUUUACUUAUUAACCUGCUUGAUUUUACCAUUGGGCUUGAUUUUGGAUCAAACAGCUGUUGAAAUUCCAAGUUAAGAUUUGAAAAGUGCCAUCUAACUAUCCAAUAGUUUUGUUUGUUUUGUUUUUGUUGGUUUGUUUUUUUUUUUCUCCUGUCAUUCCUUUUAACUUGGAAUUUCAAUUCACUUUUCGAACUGGAAAACAUUUCAGUCUUAAAGUGUGUUCUUUCAUGAGUGUGAUGACACGCAACUCAUUUUGAUGACCUCAGACACUGUAGCCACUCUCAGCCAAUCACACACUGUCAUCACAGCUCUGAUAGCGUUUUAAGGUUAUGAUACAGAUGCAUUUUUUACAGUGUAUGUAUGAUUUGCUGAAAUAAAAGCUAUAUUGACCAAUG